AAAGCCCUGAUCCAUGACGGGUCUAUAAAGAGAUCCUGACCUCAGAAAUGGUUCGGUCCACUCCGAGCAUAGACACAAUGGGCAAGAUUACCUUCUUUGAAGACAAGAACUUCCAGGGCCGUCACUAUGAGUGCACUGGAGACUGUGGAGACAUGCAGUCUCACUUUUCUCGAUGCAACUCCAUCCGUGUAGACAGUGGCUCCUGGGUGGCCUAUGAGAAGCCCAACUAUGCUGGAUACCAGUACAUGCUAUUCAAGGGUGAUUAUCCUGAUUUCCAACACUGGGCUGGAUUCAACGAUUGCAUCCGUUCCUGCCGCAUGGUUCCUCCUUACAAUGGAAACUACAGGAUGAAGAUCUUCGAGCGCUCAGAUUUCGGUGGUCGGGCAAUGGAGUUGAGUGAAGACUGCCCAGACCUGCGCCAGAGAUUUCACAAUGGAGACAUCUCCUCUGCUAAUGUCAUUGAGGGUUACUGGAUCCUCCACGAGCACCCUAACUACACUGGUCGCCAGUUCUUCCUGCGCCCCGGAGAAUACAGGAGACAUGUUGAGUGGGGUAGUCCAACCCCUACCAUCGGCUCUCUGCGACGUGUGACUGAGCGCAACUGAAGAUCCUAAAUAAUGCAACCCUCUCCUAAUGUGUCAACAGCACCGCCUGUCCAUGCAAUGACUAUGUGUGACCUACAAUCACUUCAAGGUGAUGAGGUCUGUGAAUGUAUUUGUGAUGUUGGCUAUAAUGCCAGUUUAGUUUUGCUUAAGUAGGGAUAUUGGCACCUUUAGAAUUGUUGAUGUGUAUUUU